UUCCCUCAGACUUUGUAGGGGCUGUAUGCAGGGUAGUGCUGGAAACGGGUUUGUGCAAUUAACCUUCAUUUUCAGCUCUUUCUAGUUCCCAUUGUCGUUUCCCACGCCUCUGCGCCUUUACAGGGCCCAUACUGGAGAGAGAAGGGGGAAUGGGUGAGGAGAGUUCUGACGUUGAGAGAGUGGUCACUACGUGGCUGAGCUGAGGCUUCUCUAGGCGACAUCCCCGCAGACGUCCCCGCCGAGACUGCAGCGCCCAUCGCACCACCAGGGGACGAUAGUCUCAGGUGGAGCGAGCACGGGACUCUGGUGCGCAGUUUUAUGCGUGAACAGCUGGCGCUCCCCAGGACGCCGGUGGGGUUGUUUGUGUUGGGACGCCCUGUGCAGGAGAUUGGUAGCUGUGAAGUCUUCACUCGGGAAUCUCGUCUGCAACCUUUUUCGUUUAUCUGCCCUCUGCGGCUUCCAAGUGAGUGAGUCUCUCCCCAGGUUCCUCUCCUCCUUUCCUGCUUCUCCUAGGACCAAGCAGAGCUGGAACUUCCUGAGACAACAGGGAGGAGUGGACCUACUGAGAGAGAGUGGCUGGGAAGAGGUACACUUGGAUGGAUAAGUGGCUGGGAAGGCGGUCCUUGGGGAAUCCAACGGUAUUAGAACUGGGAUCAAUACAGCAGAAUCCACAAGUUGGGGCCAGAGUCAGUAAUGCUUAGGAAAAGAAUUAAACAGGAAGAAACUUGAGGACUCCAUGCCACAGAGCCUGGAGGCCAGCCUACCUGCACAGCCUUUGUGAUUACUGAGGCCAGGACUCUUUUCUGAUUCUAGCCUCUCUAACACUGUUCCCUGGAAGACAUGUGGCUCUACCUGGUUGGUGUCCUGAGCCUGUACUACCUUCUGCGCUGGUACCGGGAGAGGCAGGUGGUGAGCCACCUCCGAGACAAGUAUGUCUUUAUCACGGGCUGUGACUCGGGCUUUGGAAACAUGUUGGCCAGGCAGCUGGACCUGCGAGGCUUGCGAGUGCUGGCUGCAUGUCUGACGGAGCAGGGGGCAGAGCAACUGAGGGGCCAGACGUCAGACAGGCUGGAGACGGUGACUAUGGAUGUCACCCAGACAGAGAGCAUUGCUGCAGCCACCCAGUGGGUGAAGGAGCGCGUGGGGGACAGAGGUCUCUGGGGCCUGGUGAAUAAUGCUGGCAUCUCUGUACCCUCGGCACCCAAUGAAUGGCUGACCAAACAGGACUUUGUGAAAGUACUGGACGUGAACCUGCUGGGGGUGAUCGAGGUUACCCUGAGCAUGCUGCCGCUAGUGAGGAAGGCGAGGGGCCGCGUGGUCAAUGUCUGCAGUGUCAUGGGCCGGAUAUCCUUUUGUGGUGGGGGCUACAGCAUCUCCAAGUAUGGUGUAGAGGCCUUUUCAGACUCCCUCAGGAGAGAGAUCUCCUCAUUUGGGGUCAAGGUGGCUAUUAUUGAGCCUGGUUUUUUCAAGACUGAAAUCAUCAACACAGAGACGUUUUUAACGAAGUACCAGGAGCUGUGGGACCAGGCCAGCCCAGAUGUUAAGGAUGCCUACGGCAAGAAGUUCCUGGAUUCCUACAUGAAAGCAAUUGAAACCAAGGGAAAAAACUCCUCACCUCGUCUGUCCUUGGUGACAGACUGCAUGGAGCAUGCGCUGACUGCCUGCCACCCCCACACCCGGUACUCACCUGGCUGGGAUGCCAAGCUCUUCUACCUCCCCAUGAGCUACAUGCCCACUGCCCUGGUGGACGCCAUGAUCUACUUGAAAUCCCCAAGGCCUGCCAAGGCCAUGUGAAGACAGGACUUGGGUGCCUGGUGUAGUGAAUUGGGGCAUGGUGUGAGGAGGAGAGAUGGGUUUGGGGAUGAAAAUAGGAUAGAGGGAGGGAGUUUCCAAUUCAGCUAGGGCACCCACUUACCCCCACUGACCUCUGCCCCAUUUCUCAGGACUUUAGGAUAUUAGGAGGAAAGAACCAAGAUUUGCAGCAUAGGAACAGGGACCCAACAACACUUAUUGGUGCCCUGUUGUCCUGGGUGGCCACUGAAAUAUUUGAGCCUCGUGGCCUCUCCUGCCAUCCUGAGGAAUCCACACUCUGAAGUGGGUGUGAACAGAGGGGAGGAGGCCUGGCCCCCAUCUGCCCUGCCUUCUGUCCAUCUUCUCAAGGUCUGCAAUAUCAGGUGCCCUGUCUAUACUAUCCCACAAAUUGAAAUGGCCUGGAGGAGGUGAAAUCACCCCUACCCUGAAGACACUUAUGGGAAAGAGGGGUGGGCAGGGUGACCACCAGCCUGUCUCCCUCAGGUCACACCUGAGUAGGGAAGCCUAUCACCUGAGAGUAGGAGGCUAUCCUAGCUCUGGGAGGAGGAGCUCUCUGUUGGAAUCCAGAAGCUCUCUCCUCCCCUGCAAGUAUGUACACUGCAUUUUCUGGUGUUUGGGCCCAGGGGAACACUGCUUGGUCAGCCAUCAGCACAGCGGUCCUAGAGGUGCUGGUCAUGCCCAGGUCUGGGUAGGGGCAGGCAGCACUGAGCCAUCCUUCUCCAGCCCAGCCAAACCCUGGGCCUUACCCGUCUCCUCUGGAACUGGAAGAGCCUCUGCCACUGGGAAUACCCACCUGCUCAAACUUUGAGUGGCAUCCUCUGCCUUCUGUCUACCAAGCCCACUCCAUUGACUCACCCUGGAGGCAGACGUGCUGGGAGAUACCUCCCAAUCUAGCUCUAGAGGUGUUGGG